AUCAAAAUCAAAACCAAUAACAAAGGCUUUUAGAACUUGAAGGAGGCUUGUCGUUUUGCUGCAGAAAAUUGCGAAGCAAACGAAAAAGUUGACAAAUAAACGUUGAAAAGUGAUCCAAAUCGAAUAAACUAAGUUUUCCAGUGUAUUGUGUGUGUGCUCUGCGACGAUGGCCGCUCGUAAACUGAAUACGAUCGAAGAUCUAAGCGAAUCAUGGGUUGAGUUGAACUCCGGCAACGGGUUGGCAGCCGUCGAGAACGAAUACAUUCGCCUCCUCAGGGAGGCACAGAGGGAGAGCCGGGACUCCUCCGUGAGGCAUUCAAGAGCCUCCAGCGUUAAAGGCAGCCCGAAGUCUCCGCCUAACAGUCCGAACCUGGAGCCGUCCACGGAAGACGAGCUCAAGGGGGUCUACAUUAACUGCUGGAGGGACGAUUCCAACGACUGGGUGUGGGAAUGGAGUAGCAGACCUGACCAGCUGCCUCCUAAGGAUUGGCGGUUCAAGCACCCUCAAAGCGCACGCGGACCGCCCUCAGCCACUUCGUCCAUCGAAGUGUUGGAGCAGCAGUUAGUCGCUCCUAAUGCUCAACAGAACCAUUGCCUCUCCGUGCGUCGCACGUGCCUGUUCAGCCGCGGCGCCAUCGCGGCUGUGCUCGUCACCAACAUCGUCUCCUUGCUGCUCGGAGCUGGCAUCGGGGUCUGGCUAAGCAAGAAAGGUAUGCUGCCGCCCAGACUGAUCGUUCUUAACUGAACGCAUCCAAGACUGCGGGCGCGGCACACCCGGUCGUCUGUCCAUCGGGUGACGAUGGCACACGGACAAGGAACGUAAUACACGCGAAAACUGCUGCUGAAAUUUGAACUCUACGCCGUUGAUAUAACGUUCAGAAUUGAAUGACUUGUAGAAUAGAAACUACAGGGAUGAAACUGCUGCAAAUAUAUUUUGAACUCUACGCCGUUGACAUAAGGCUCAGAAUUGAUUGUCUUGCGAUACACAACAGGGACGAAAACUGUUGUUAAUACAUUUUGAACUCAAGUAACGUUUAAAAUUGGUUUUCUUGAGUUGAACUAAGAUCUAUUCAAGUAAUAAUGUUUCAAGUUUAGCUCAAAAUAUACAGUUUUUGUAUGAAUUUCUGAAUAUUAUAGUUUCCAGCAAAAAUGGCACCUUUUACAGAUGUACAGUCAGCCUCAAAUAUUUCGUGACACCAAGUAGCCAACAAGUUCGCAACACGCUUGGGUUUUCGCGAAUGAAAGAUCCGCUAGAUGGCGGGACGUGGAUGGGGUCUGACUGCUGCGUGAUUGGUGGAUUUUGACAUAUCUGUCAAUGUCAUGUCAAAAAUAACCAAUCAUGCAGAAUUUGGACCUCGCGUCUACGUAUUGCCAUCUGGUGGAUUUUUCAUUCGCGUAAACCCUCAUUGGAAUAAGGUUGUGUUGUUAAUUUGGCCACUUUGGGUGUCACGAAUUAUUUGACGCUGACUGAACUGUAACUUUUUCAUUUCUUUUCUCAAAUGCCUUAAGAAUAUUGGAUCAAUUUAUUUAAAAAAAUGCUUUAUUUCAAAUAUUUAUACAAAAAAGUCUGUGAACUGUGUUAUGUCGCGCCCUUAUAAUGUUAGUAUGUAUUGUUAACAUUAACAAUUGAAGAGCAAAGUAAGUAAAUAACAUAAUCCCCUCAUUUUUGAAGUUAAAAAUAUAUUUAUUUUGAACUCUUAUCACUUUUGAAUAAAGAUGUUUUUAAAUAUCUAGCUCGGUAAAAAGCGAGCCAAGUUCUUCAAUCGUUAAUGUUACGGAGAUGUUAGCGAGUCGGAAAUAUUAUAAUAAAAAAAAAACUAAAAAAAACAAUGUAUUGUAGAUGUAGACCAUUUUGUAUUUUUAAUACUUGCAUCUUUCAAUCUCUUACCUUCGCGACUAUUAGACUCGAAGUAUACUUUAGGCUUAAGUCUAUAAGGUCUUUUUUUGAAUAAAAAUAAACAGGUAUAUAGAAAAAAGACUUAAGACUUUUUUAAAUUAGGCUUAAGACUAAAACUUAUAUAAGUCUUCGUUUUAAUUUAGGCUCAAGUCUUGAAAGUCUUUAUGCGUCGAUACAAACCGCGAAUAUCUAAAUAUUUUUUUAUAUAAUGCCUAGUCUAAGUAUAUGAAUUUUACUUUGAUUCUUGUCACUUAUUAAUAUAAUAUUUAAUUUAUAUAGUGACAGUUUUUAAUGCGAAAUGGCUCUAAAAACAUGCACUUUCUAACUCAAUCAUCAAUCAUCAACAGCCCUUUACAGUCCACUGCUGGACUAUGAGCCUCCUCCACUAUAGUGGAGGGUUUUGCCAUAAUUCCCACGCUUGGCAGGCGGGUUGGGAACGCAGUUUAAAAGAUUGAUGUUUUUCAGAGAGCGCUGCUGCCCGUUCUCUGUUUGAUGUAUGGACCCUAAGUCGCCUCUAACUGACUGUUUAAUAUGAAAGUCAGUGUCAAAUAGUUCGUAACACCCAAAGUAGCCAAAACUUCGCAACACGUCUUUGUUACAAUUGGAAUAAGGUUGUGUUCUCAACUUUUUGGCCACUUUGGGUUACUGUACUGUAUAAAGUAUGAAAAAUUGCUUGAAAUUCCAGAUUUUUUUUGUCUUUCGUAAUUUUUCUCUAUGUAGAAUCAUAGAGACCUGCCUUUUGUAAGUUCUUUAGAGUCAUUUCGGUUUUUACAUGGUGAUUAUUGAAUGGUAUAGUUUGGUGAAAAGGGUGUUUAUUGUUGAAAACCUGUGGUUUAAAAUGAAAAAAAAAAAAUAUCUUGAACCUAACUUAGACAUACCACUGGCCUUAUCUUAACGUACACUAUAGAAGAAAACUAACGUAUUUUCUAGGAAUAUACGAUUGAAUAUUCACCAUGUAACUAAAGUAGAUUUUGUAUCUUUAAAAUCCUAAGUAUACUGUCCUAAAAUGUGAUUGUCCAUAUCAGAUAUUCCAAAGGAAGGUGGAUUCGAUGUUGUAAUGCCAAACUUUGCAUUCUAUGUAUAUUUUAAUCCUCAUCAUCAGGAAAUUUAGUUUCCACUGCAGGAUUUACUCUAAUUUACCAGAGGCAUAUGGGCAUUUGGCCUAUUUUUUUCAUAACUACAUCUCUAUUUGAGUUUCUCUAACUUUCUUCUUAAGACUUUUUGUUUCCUAAAACCAAAUGUUUAGAAUUUUAAGGCGCACGGUAGUGCACCAAGCCAAGUUCGGCGUUACAACUACAAAAUUCGCCAGAACCACGUAUCCACACAUUGUCACACUGUGAUGUUUUAUAUAUAUACAUGAAAAUUUUAUAUGUUUAUAAAGCUGGGAGCAUUGUAUUAGAGAAUUGUAGCGGGAAGUAUCUCGAUUGAUUUUUUUUGGUUAAUUCUUUUUGUUUAACUAUUUUUUAUAAAAAAUGGAGAAGAUAGAAAUGGAGAACAUUGUUUUUCUGAUUUAUUUGUGAUAAAUUUUUGUAGAUUCAAACGUAGUAGAAAUUGUUAGCGAAAAAGUUAUUUUUUCACAAAAUGACGAAUUUCUUCAAUUGAUUUGAGACUUUUUGCCGUUUUUAUAAAGUUAAAUAUCAAUUGAGCUCUAUCGUUUUGUAGUGAAUCGCUGCGCUAGCGACCAUUUUAUGAAAAAUGGAUAAUUAAUAUUUUUUUAUGUUUAUAAGUACGUAAAAAUGGUGUUUUAAUUUCUUUUUCCAAAUAAUCUGAAUAUCUUCAAAUAUACCAUAAGUGGUAAUAUAAUAUUUAGUUAAGAGUCCGCUAGCUUUUUAUUUUAUUUUUGAAUAAAAUUUUGUUGGUAUAAUUAUGUAAUAGCCACACGGGUGUAUUAUUUAUUCACCAAAACACUUAUUCAUAAAAAUCAAAACAGUUUUGUUAACAAAUUUUGCGUCUCCUUCUGCUUCAUUAAGAUGAAAAGAGAGAAUAUUGUUUGAUUUAAAAUGAUGUUGCAAAAGUGUUUUGAUUUUUAUGAAUAAGGGGCUUAGUUUGAAGCAUUACUUCUAAUUAUUUAUUCAGUUGUGUUCGUGUGACUAUUAUUAUAAUUAAUGUGCUACAAUGUUACAAAAUACUAGCUUCUUCUGGGGAAAAUAUACAAUUUCUGCAGUUUUUUUCUACUAAACCUAAACAAAACUUACUAAUUUCGCUUUCUAUUAAGCUUUAUUCAUAUAACGAUGGUUGUAGUAAUUUUCAAAUUACAGUACCAUAUUUGCAGUCAUUUUAACAGUUUUCUCUCAAGAAAAAUCUAAAGAAUUUUCCACCGUAACAAAAUUAACAAAAUAAGCAACUUGGCUUGUUUUUUGCUCAAAAAGUGAACUCGGAAGUUAGUAUUUUGUAAAAUGUUGGCGAAAAUGAUACACUUCGUUUCGACGGUGAUGUAAAUAAUUUACAUGUUUCACGUGUCAUUUUAUUCACUAAGAUAAGUGCUUAAAAUAUAAGAAUAUGCAUUUUAUGAAAAA